GCCGUCAAGUUCGUGCAGUGGAUAUUAUGAAAAUUCUAGAUCAGUUCACUGAUCAGUAGUCAAAAUGUACAAAAUUGCGGGCUCAAAUAUCCGAGACGUUCUUUUUCUUUGCCGAUGUUAUGGAAGUGUGAGGAACCAGUCUAACCAUUAUGAUUCACUGUGUAUCAAAAAUGAUGCUACGCAAAAAGAAAUCCGUGAAGCGUUUAUAAAACUAUCGAAAGAACUUCAUCCUGAUGUAGGGGACAGUGGCAGCCACGCAAAAUUUGUAAAAGUAAACGAGGCUUACAAAGUUUUGAGUAAGGCUCAUACCAGACAACAAUACGAUAAUCAAUUAAGAUAUGGAUACACAUAUGCUUCACCUAGAAGAGCACAAACUGACUACGAUGCUGAGCCAGUUUACCAGGAUCCGGUAUACAAGGCGGCUCAUAAUCCAAGAAGAACUGAAUUUCACGAUGAUUACUAUGGAAUAAAGGGUGUAAGACGUUUUUCAAACUUGACAAUAGCAUUGAUCUGCAUAGCAGUUGCCUCUGUGGUACUUGCAAUGGAAAUGAUGAUAAUCCGCCAUUCUGUUAAACGAAGUCAAAACUACUUGAAAAGACGUAGUAUUGAAAUCCAGGGUAACUAUGACAGAUCACGCUCCGCGAUGGCUACUAGGACUCAUGAAGAACAAAUAGAAUAUUUGCAGAAGGAGUAUAACCUUCGAAACGGGAUUCAUGAUUUAGGAAACGAAAAGUAGGUAACGAAUUUUUGGAAAACCAAGUAGAAUACGAAAUAAUCUGUUUUACCGACCGAAACGUCAUUGAGGCAAAAAGCACUAGUUAAUGUAGAUACAAAUCUAGCCACAGAUUUAGAGAAAAUUUAGGUAUAGCAUGUGAAUGGAUUAGACGUCUAAAGCGAACGAAAAAAAAAAAAAAAAUGAAGUUCUGGCUGUAACUGCAUUUUUAAUUUAUAUUUUUUUUCUCUACUGUUUAACCGUCGCUUAAUACCUCACAUGGCUACACUGCAGGCUGUGUCCAUUUAUGUUACAAAUAAUAGGUUUAUACCUGUGUACAGUAAAAUGAUUGUAUAAUUGAAAUAUACAGAGAGAUUUUAACCGUA